AUGCAUAGUAACGUUUUUGUUGGUGUCAAACCAGGGUUUAAUUAUAAACAGCACAGCAAAAAACAACAUUUCCUGGAAAAUGUCUCUAGUCACGCAGCGGGACUGCCAAGCAACUACGAUUACGUUUUGCUUCCUAUAACGACGCCAAGGUAUAAGGAGGUAGUGGGGCAGGUAUUCAAAGAGUUCCAGAAACAAUCCAAACAGAAUUGGAGACCCCUUCAGGUCCCUGAGCCCCAGUUGCAGGAUAUAUGUAUACCUCCGUUCAACGUCAACAACCUAGACAACGACGACACACCGUCUUACAUAGGGCUGUUAUCAUCUUGGCUGGAAUUGGAAAGCCGUGAUUCAAUUGUAAGAGACCUCGGUUUGAAGGUCCUUCUGAAUGAAUGUAGAUAUGCAAGGUUUGUCGGGAUCAAUAAGCUAAUAUUGGCGCCCCCACGCGAUCUGUCCAAUCUACAGUUGUAUGGGCAGAUGAUUUAUAGACUUCUUCAAAACCCCAUCAUAUUCGCUGCACCUGCAUUAACCAUAUCUAUUUCUUUGCCACUUUAUGAAGACAGCGAUCCAUUGGCGACUUGGGAACUGUGGAAUACUGUGCGGAAAUUAUGCGAAUAUCAUCCAUCAUUGACAAUCUCUUUGGCUUUGCCAAGAACUAGGACGCCUUCUUAUGUGCUUAAUAGAUGGUUGGCCGAACCAGUCUCGUGUCUUUUAGUGUCUUCAUCCAUCUUCGCCAGUAAUCAAUAUGAUUAUCCUGUUCUGCAUAAGUUCAACCAGAGUUUGAUUCUAAAAUUUCAAAAAGUUAAUGGAGAUUCACAGAUCCUGGGUAAUGAACUAUGCGUGAUAUUGCAUGGAAUGGAGAAAUAUGCAAACGAUGUUAAGGGAGGUGAAUCUGCUUAUUUGGAAUAUAUAAACUAUUUAUUGAAAAAGGGCGACAAGGUUUUGAAUUCCAAUGGUAACCGUCAAUUUUUGCUUCAAGAGGAAUCUAGAAUAAUGCCUCCUCUUAAACCACACUCGGAUAAUUUGUCAAAUUCCACAUAUUUGACCUUUGAAAAAGACUUGGUGAAAUAUGACCUUUAUGAAUCUGCCAUAUUGGAAGCGCUUCAGGAUCUUGCUCCACGAGCGAGCGCCAAGAGACCAUUAGUUGUUCUGGUGGCUGGAGCUGGAAGGGGGCCCCUAGUGGAUAGAACUUUUAAGAUAUUAUCGAUGUUAUUUAUGGACAGUAAAGUUUCCAUAAUUGCGAUUGAAAAGAAUCCGCAGGCAUAUUUGUACCUGCAAAAGAGAAACUUCGAUUACUGGGAUAACAGGGUCAAAUUGGUCAAGGAAGAUAUGACUAAAUGGCAAAUUAAUGAGCCGUCCGAAAGGCGUAUUCAGGUAGAUUUAUGCAUAAGUGAAUUAUUGGGCUCGUUUGGUUGUAAUGAGCUAUCACCAGAAUGUCUCUGGUCUAUUGAAAAGUAUCAUUCCCAUAAUGAUACGAUCUUUAUACCAAGGUCAUACUCCUCCUAUAUAGCGCCUAUUUCGUCGCCUCUAUUUUACCAGAAACUUUUACAAACAAAUUGCUCUUUGGAGGCCCCUUGGAUAGUCCAUAGAGUGCCAUACUGUAUAUUAUCCUCAAGGGUAAACGAGGUUUGGAGAUUUGAGCAUCCCAUGAGCGGAAAAGACGUUGAUCAAGAGGAAAACUAUGGAUCCACUGUCAAGUUUUCUCAAAGUUCAUUGAAUGAAUUUAAGAUAAAGCACCGUGGUGAAAUUCAUGGAUUCAUCGGGUUCUUCUCGGCAAACUUAUAUAAUAAUAUAUUCUUGUCAACUUUGCCCAACGAUAGCACAGUUCGUUUGAAAUUUAAUGAAGAAAGAUUAAUGCAUGCCAGACAAGAUGAAAGUUUGAUCAAAAAGUGGAAUCACACUCCAAAUAUGAAUUCGUGGUCUCCAAUAAUUUUCCCUCUAAAACAGCCAAUGUCCUUUGUAGAUGAUUCCGAACUUUCCGUGUUAAUGUCACGGAUACAUUCGGACACAGAACAAAAAAUCUGGUACGAAUGGUCCUUGGAGAGUUUCAUAUAUCUUAUGUUGUCAAACUACGGUUCAGCGGCUACUGCAACAAGUAUGACCAUUCCUAGAUCUAUUGCUACAGAAGAAUCUAAAACUUCAGGUCGCAACCAACAUUAUUUAGCGACCGCCAAUCAAAACUCAGACAAUCAAAUUGAUCUUGAUCAAGACAUUGAAAAUGAAGAAGAGCAAGGGUUCUUAUCCAAUCUAGAAACUGGUUGGCAAAGUGUUCAAGAUAUUCAUGGACUCAGCGAAGCUGUCAGACCAGGCCGAUUAAGUUCUGUCAACAAGCCAAUGUUCGACCUCAAAACCGCUAGGGCGCUUGAUUCUUCUAAUGAAUCACCAAGACAUGAAGAUCUCGAGGAAGACGCUCCAGAAAUACAUGUAAGAGUUAAGACUGGUGUUUCUACGUUGCAUAACGUCUGUGGCAGAGUCUUUUCCCUGCCCUUGUGA